AUGGCUUCCCCCGAUACCACCACUGCACGCGGUCUCCUGCCUCCUGCGUUCUGGGUCAGGCUAAAGGGUUAUAUUGGCCUCCGCGAUCGAUUUCAACCCGCGGCCUGGUAUUACAUCAGAAGUGUAUGGGCAAGUCUGCGGCGAGGUCAGCUCAGUGUGCUCUUUGGGGGGAAUGAUGUUCGUGAGCACUCGUUCGCCGAGUUUUACCAGGAUUUCGGCCACCACUUCGCAGCCUACGAAGCCACAACCCCCGUCCCCUCCCUCGUCGCCUCAGCCCACGGCGUGGUCUUGGACCUUGGCCCUGGAACAGGCAAUCAAUUGAAUUAUUUCGACCGCACACGCGUCGCCCAUGUGUACGGCGUGGAGCCCAACACGCUCUUUGCCCCCCGCUUCGCCGAGCGCCUCCGGGACACAGCGCUGGGGCAGGACGGCAAGUACACGCUCAUCAAUUGCGGCAUCGAGGACGGCGAGGCGCUGGCGCGGCAUGGUGUCGUGGAGGGGAGCGUCGACUGUGUUGUUAGCAUGCAGGUGAUGUGCUCUCUUCCGGAUGUGGAGGAGCAGGCCCGUCACAUGUAUAGGCUGCUGAAGCCUGGCGGUGAGCUUAUAUUCUGGGAGCAUUGUCGGAACACAGACGCUGUGACAAGGGCUGUACAAUGGCUUUGGUGCCUCCUCUGGCCGACCGUGAUCGGUGGCUGUCGACUUGACCGGGUCACCAAGGAGGCAUUGGUCGGAGCCGGCCCCUGGGAAAGAGUUGAGAUCAAGACUGAAAUGCAGCCGCAGGAUCUGAUGCCCCGUAUCUCAGGGAGACUGAUCAAGCCUGCGGCGGCUUGA